UUUUAGAAUAAAAUCUUACAAAUUUUGUUAACAAAAAAGAAAUCUUUCAAAUUCAAACGUUUCCAUAUACGGGUAUAAGGCAGGACAUAAUGACAAAAAGGAGACUUCAUGAUUAAUUCAAUAAAAAAUAAAUAUGCGAUAUAGAUAUAAAAUUCUACUAAUUGACCCUUGUGGUCUUAUAACCUUUGUAUGCAAUGUUGACACGUACAUGUGUAUGUGUGUAUAUAAACAUGAAUAUCUCUUAUCAGAUUCUCCAAAAAUUAAAGUCGGUGUUUGUGAGUGUGAUGGGGAAAGGAAAAGCACCUUGCUGUGACCAUAGCCAAAUACUCAAGAGAGGGCCAUGGAGUGAUGAAGAAAGUGAAAUACUCAAAGCUUUUAUCCUCAAAAAUGGUCAUCGCAACUGGAGAUCUAUUCCUAAACUCGCUGGAUUGAUGAGAUGCGGAAAGAGUUGUCGUUUAAGAUGGGUAAACUAUCUAAGACCAGGUCUCAAACGAGGCAACUUCACCAAAGAGGAGGAAGAUACCAUUAUCCACCUUCACCAAACUCUUGGAAACAAGUGGGCAAAGAUAGCAUCACACUUGGGAAGAACAGACAACGAGAUCAAGAAUGUGUGGAACACUCAUCUCAAGAAACGAUUGAUAAAGAGAAACUCAUCAGCAUCAUCAGAUGUUACCAAUCAAGCUCCUUCAGUGUCCCGUUCUUCCUCCUCGUCCUCCUCAUCAGUCUCUAAUAACGUUAUUAAGAGCGAGAAGCUUAAUCAGGAAGAGGAGUUGGAGCAGAUCUUGGUGGAGGAUAUGGCAUCUGGAUUUGAGGUGAAUGCACCGCAAUCACUAGAAUCUCUUUUUGAAGAUCGCAAGGUUCCUCCUCCUAUAACCAAACCAGACUCUCUAGAAAUCCGUGGGAAAUCAGAUGAUGAGUUGUGUCGCCAAAUGGUUGAACCAGGGUUAGAUGAUUACAACGAGUGGCUCAACUAUUUUGAUAACCAAACUUUCUAGAACUGCACCACCAUGUCUUAUUUUUCCAUUGACCAUUUAUUUUGUUUUCCUAAGAGAAGUUUAGAAUACACUGAGAACAUGUUCAAACUGUAGUGUAUACUAAUUUUCUUUUUUUGGGGUCAAAACUGUAGUGUAUACUAUUAACUUUGUUUUUCUCAAUGUUCAGAUUUCUCAUUUCA